AUGAAUCGGACGUGGAAUUGGGUCGCGCUCGUCGCGCUCGCGUUCGCCGCGGUGGCGCGCGCGGAGACGCUCGUUGACGUUGAGCUCGCGGUCGCGGAUGACGUCGGCGCGAGCGUGCGCGCGCGCGCGGGACGACGCGCGCUCGGGGCGAAACCGGCGGUGCAGGCGCCGGAACCGCCGCCGCCGCCGGCGACGAAGAAGGAGCGGUUGCGCGCGCAGUUUGAACUCGCGAGAGAAGACGCGGAACGCGCGCCUUGCGCGCCGAGUAAGGUGCAGGGCGGACGGGAGGCGAAGUGCGAUCACGUGCGCUCGACGGACGCGUGUGACGGGCGGUUGAAGGCGUAUUUGGAAUACUCGUAUUGCGACGACGAAGCGUUCGGGAUGCAAAACAUGGUGACGCCGGUGAUCGGGUUGACGCUCAUCGCCGUCGCGUCGACGUAUGCGUUGGCGGUCGCGGCUGGGACGUUUUUCGUGCCGGCGUUGGAGUACACGGCGACGUUGAUGAAGAUUUCUCCGGAAGCCGCGGGGGUGACGCUGUUGGCGUUGGGUAACGGCGCGCCGGAUCUUUACGCGCAAGUGUCAGAAUUAAGUGAAGGCGUGCUUCCGGACCUCAACGUCGUCAUCGGUUCGACGCUCGGUAGUGGGUUCUUCAUCGCCACCGUCGUGCUCGGCGUGGUGAUUCGGGCGUCGCCGAACGCCGUCGUGAUUAACAAGGACGCGCUCGGAGCGUCCAUGGGAUUGUUCGCCGUGGCGAACAUCGCUUUGCUGUUGGCGAUGUGCUUCGGUACGUUUAAGAUGUGGUAUACUAUGACGUUCUUCGUCUCCUACGCGACGUACUUUUGCUUCAUCGCGUUUCGCGACACCUCGAUUCACGACGCGCAAGGCGACAGGCCGUCGUUGGAAGAGGGCAAGGGGGAAAAGCGACUCGAGCCGUUGUUCGACUUAGCAUCGCAAAAAGGUGGUCCAGAUGACAUCAAAGGCUCGGUGCGCCCGAUGAAGACGACGGCGAAAGACGGUGACGGCAUCGUCGCCUCCGCGACGGCGGACAUGAAUGUGUACGAGAAGAAGUUGGCUUUGAUCACGGUGCCCGUGCGCGUGGCGAUGGCGUUCACGAUGCCCGUCGUUCGCGCGGGAGACAUGGAUAAAUUUUACGCCGUCACGUUGGGAUUCAUCGGACCGUUCUUCUUCUUGUGCGCACCCGAAUUCGCCUCUAUGUUCGCAUUCGUGCAAUCCAUCUGUUGGAUGCACUUGAUGUCCAACGAGCUCGUCAUGUCGUUGGGUGCGCUCGCGAAAAUCUUUGGCAUCGACGAAGAAGUUUUCGGCGUCUCCUUCGUCGCGUGGGGCGACGGCAUCGGCGAUCUCGUCGCCUGCCACGCCGUCGCCAAGGCUGGUCAAGUCACCAUGGCCGUCGUCGCAUGUUUUGCUGGCCCUGUCUUCAACUUGCUCAUCGGUCUCGCCAGUUCCAUCGCCUUUCUCACCACCAUCUUGGGCGACCUCCCUUUCAACGUCAAGCAGGGCGAAAUCGUCUUGGCCGUCGGCUCCCUGUUCUCCGUGAUGUUCACCAUCUCCCAGCUCCGUCACCGCUCGCCUCGCGAGUUCGAAAUCCCACGUUCGUUCGCCAACGCCGCCUUCGCGACGUACGGCGCGUUUUUGCUCAUCUACCUCUUGUGCGAGGCGCGGCUUUUAUUCGUCUCCAAGCUCGCGUCGUGA